UCUCGACUCCAACUUUUCAAUUUAACCCGUUUUUCGUCGUCAUUCGUCGAGUCGGCUGGCGGAACCAGCCCACAAUUAUUCAGAUUUCUCAAAAAUAAUUAUUCAAGCUUGCCGAGGAGUAAAUUAGCCUUGAAUUCCAGCCACGAUGGAAGAGAACGACGGCGAAAACAAUCCGCCCGAGUUGCAGCAAGUGAGCCUCGAGCAGAGCGAGGAUUUGUUUCAAUCGGCUUUGGAGGAGGAGGUUCCUUUGGACAACGACUCUGACAUUUUUGCCGAGGAAAGUGUGACAAGCGAUCCCACAGGCCAGCCAGGCCAGGCUCCAACAACGCAGAGCAGCGCGCCAACCAGUUUUCCUACUAAUAGAAUGCACAGAGUCACAACAGAGGAGCUUCAACAACAUGGUGCAAACGGUGACGACCAGUACGUCAGGGUCUCGAUCACCGAGCCUCAGAAGAUGGGCGAAGGCAUGAGUUCUUACAUGGCCUACAGAGUAUCCACACAGACCAACAUGCAGUUCUACAAGAAGUCAAACUUCAGCGUGUACCGCCGCUUCAGCGACUUCUUAGGCCUGCACGAUAAGCUGAUUGAAAAGUACCUCCGCUCCGGGAGAAUCAUUCCGCCUGCUCCUGAGAAAAGCAUGAUUGGCUCAACCAAAAUUAAGAUCUCAAAUCAGGCGGAUCAGGGCUCGUCUGGAGAAUUCAUCGAGAGACGAAGAGCUGCGUUAGAGCGCUUCAUCAACCGCACUGCAAACCACCCCAUUCUCCGGGUCGACCCUGAUUUCAGGGAUUUCCUCGAGUCAGAACUGGAACUUCCAAAAGCCACAAACACAUCUGCCUUGAGUGGUGCUGGAGUGAUCAGGCUGUUUAACAAAGUAGGCGAGACUGUGAACAAGAUCACCUACAAAAUGGAUGAAAGUGAUGUGUGGUUCGAGGAAAAAGUGCAGCAAAUCGACAGCUUGGAUAAUCACCUGAAGAACAUGUUGACCCGCGUGGAGGCGCUGGUCUAUCAGCGUCGAGAGCUGUGCUUGUGCUUAGCUGGUUUCAGCAAGAGCAUAGCCAUGCUAAGCAACUGUGAUGAACACAACUCGCUGUCCAGGGCGCUGUCCAUUCUGGCCGAGGUUGAGGAAAAGGUCGAGCACGUUUAUUCACAACAGUGUGACGCCGACUACGCCAUUCUCUACGAGCUGCUCAAAGAUUACGUGGCUCUCGUCGGAGCCGUUAAGGAUGUGUUCCACGAGAGGGUGAAAGUGUACCAAAAUUGGCAGCACGCCCAAAUCGUGCUCAACAAAAAGCGAGAAGCCAAAGCCAAGUUUGAAAUUAUGGGCCGGACUGAUAAAAUCAACCAAGCCAAGGAUGAAGUUCUAGAGUGGGAGUCGAAAGUUGAGCGUGGCCAGGAGGAGUUUGAAAAUAUCUGCAGGAUGAUAAAGAAGGAACUGGAACGUUUUGAGUUGGUCCGCACUCAGGAGUUCAAGGUCGUCCUUAUGCGUUACGUUGAGAGUCUCAUGAAUAAUCAGCAACAGCUAAUCCAAAUUUGGGAGACAUUCCUGCCUGAAGCCAAGGCAAUCGCUUAAUGUGAUGCGAAGGAUGCAAGGAGAGUCUUGCAUUGCUAAUCUGCCCAAUUGUUAUCUCGAGAAUGAAUAAAUCACUAUUAUUUCUAUUAUA